CUGCCCGGACUUGCAGCAGCAGCAGCCUCUCUCCCUCUGUGGCUCUCCUCCUCCUGUUUUCCACUCGGCCCGCUUGUGUUUCUCCGGCAGCCGGGAGGGGCUAUGCAGAUCAGGCCGGCGCUGAUAGGCGACCCGGGCAUCUCCUCCACCUUCUUGACCAGCCCAGCCUGGGGAUAAAAAGAGGAGGAAGGCACGCAAGGGAAGAAGAAGAAGAAGGGGACAGGCUCGGCUUCCAGGAGAAGGAGGAGGAGGAGGAGAAGAGGCCCCAGGAAAGCGGUGGGCUCCUUGAGGGGCUCUUUCCCCCCGAAGCAAGCGCGGGUCCUCGGCCCCCUUGGGCGCAUAAGGCCAUCCCUUUCCGACUUCAGCUACAGUGCUAGCUAAGUUUGGAAAGACCAACACGGAGGAAAAGACGCGGCUCGCUCUUCGGGGUUGCUGCUCUUGAGAGAGACAGAGAAAGCAAGCAAGCAAGCAAGGAAGACUGAACCCCUCCUUGGCUUUCCGCCCAUUGCCACUUCUUAUCUCUCAGCUGAGCAUCAACCAUGGCUCGGGAAGCAGCACAGCACCAAGGAUGCUGCGGAUCCUGUGUGAGUUACUUCACAUCAGCAAAAUUCCUCCUGUACCUUGGACAUGCCCUGUCCACUUGGGGAGAUCGUAUGUGGCAUUUUGCAGUGUCUCUCUUCCUCGUUGAACUAUAUGGAAACAGUUUGCUCUUGACUGCUGUUUAUGGCUUAGUCGUGGCAGGAUCAGUUCUUCUUCUGGGAGCCAUAAUCGGAGACUGGGUAGACAAGAACCCCCGGCUCAAAGUGGCCCAGACGUCCUUAAUUGUGCAAAACGUGUCUGUCAUUUUGUGUGGAAUCCUAUUGAUGGUUGUCUUCAUUUAUAAAGCUGACCUUCUGACGAUGUAUCAAGGGUGGCUUCUUACUGUGUGCUAUAUUCUGGUCAUCACAAUUGCAAAUACUGCAAAUCUAGCCAGCACAGCCACUGGAAUUACUAUACAGAGAGACUGGGUUGUCGUUGUUGCUGGUGAAAACAGAAGCAAAUUGGCAGAUAUGAAUGCUACAAUACGAAGAAUUGACCAGUUGACCAACAUCUUGGCCCCAAUGGCUGUUGGGCAGAUCAUGACCUUUGGCUCCCCGGUGAUUGGAUGUGGAUUCAUUUCUGGCUGGAACUUGAUCUCCAUGUGUUUAGAAUAUAUGCUGCUCUGGAAAGUUUACCAGAAAACUCCUGCUCUGGCUCACAAAGCCAGUUCAAAGACUGAGGAAUCAGAACUGAAACAAUUGAAUGCACAAAAAGAUGGUGAACCAAAGCCCACCGAAGGUGCCCAGCUCAUUGGUGAAAACGAGGUGGCUAUUGUGUCACCCAACCCAGAGGAAGAGGUCAGCUGCCUUUCUCGGAUGGCUGAGCCUUUCAGCACCUUCCGUGAUGGAUGGGUUUCCUACUACAACCAGCCUGUGUUCCUUGCAGGCAUGGCCCUGGCCUUCCUGUACAUGACAGUCCUUGGCUUUGACUGCAUUACGACGGGCUAUGCAUACACUCAGGGACUGAGUGGCUCCACACUCAGCCUCUUGAUGGGGGCGUCUGCCAUUACAGGAAUCCUGGGCACAGUGGCCUUCACCUGGCUGCGUCGCAAGUGUGGACUGGUACGCACAGGCAUCAUCUCCGGAGUGGCGCAGCUUGCUUCGCUGGUCUUGUGCGUGGUCUCUGUGUUCAUGCCCGGCAGUCCUUUGGACUUGACAGUUUCCCCAUUUGCCGACAUCAGCGCUAGAUUGUUUGAAAGCAGUCCAUUGCCUACCAUGGUGCCUGAAGGCAAUCUCCUUGAAAUCCCCUUUACAACUGCAAUGUCGCCUUUGGUCAAUGGGUCUACCUCUGAUCCAGGGCUGGCUCCCGACUCUGUGCCUCUUAUCUCUGUUAGCCUUCUGUUUGCAGGCGUCAUUGCUGCAAGAGUUGGCCUGUGGUCAUUUGACCUGACAGUCACUCAGCUGAUCCAGGAAAAUGUGAUUGAAUCGGAAAGAGGAAUCAUCAAUGGGGUCCAAAACUCCAUGAACUACCUUCUCGAUCUGAUGCAUUUCAUCAUGGUCAUCCUGGCCCCUAACCCAGAAGCCUUUGGAUUGCUUGUCCUUAUUUCUGUGUCCUUUGUCGCAAUGGGCCACAUCAUGUACUUCCGAUAUUCCCAUAAAGUCCUGGGGAGGAAUGUCUUCUUUUGCUGUACUCCUGAGCUAAAACCUGUUGCUAAUGAUCCUCCAAUUUCUGAUGCAUCAAGUGUCUAGAGGGUAUCAGUGUUGGCUGCCAAAUCCUCCUUUUCCAAGUCUGUGUACAAUUCCAUGUUUUCCUUUUGGGCUUGGAACAGCUUGUGCUUCUUUUAAAAUAGUGGUGUUGAUAACUUUGCCCACUCACCAAGCCCUCAACCUGACUUGACUUCUUGCUCUCAUUUGUCCUUGGGGAAGUAACCAGGUGUACCUUCUCUUCACAUAGAAGUGGCAUAGCUUAUUUAUUUAGGGAGAUAUCUCCCCCAAAGUUAUAAAUUAACUACAAAUGUAAAGACAGUUAAACUAGCAGGUGAUGAUUCUGGUAAUUUUUAAAAUACAGAAGUGCUGGGUAGGUGAGAACAAGAAUUACAUGAAGUAUUGGAUUAUGAAUAAUAUGGUUAGGGGGUCCCGUCCCCCCAUCUAUAGAAAUAAAAAUAUAAUGUUAGUUUGUGGGAUUAACAUAACUCAAAAAACACUGGGUGAAUUGACACCAAAUUUGGACUCAAUACACCGAUCAGGCCAAUGAGUGACCAUCACUCUGAAAAACACAGCGGAAGAGACUUAAAAAGCCAAAAAAAAAAUACAUUACAACACAUGCGCAAAACCACAUAUAUAAACAUAUACACAAAUAUAUGUGAACCGCCUUGAGUUGCCUUUGGGUUGAGAAAGGUGGUAUAUAAAUAUGGUAAAUAAAUAAUAAACACACACACACAUACAUAUACACAGACUGGGCCACAGCAAUGCGUGGCAGGGGGUGGCUAGUUUAACAUAAAUGUUGCUUGGAAACCUGUUCAAAAUGUUACACAAAUGAGCAGCAAGAAAAUCAAUGUGCUUUAUUCAUAAGCAGAGCUCUAAUAUGUGCCUGAGGUGGGCAGGCAAACAAGUUCUCCUUCUUGUGAUGUGUGAACAUGUUGGUUGCUUCAUUAUACACUGUAAAUAGAAAAGAUUGCAAAAUAUUGUAGACUAUAUAAUCUAUUUGCAGCACUUUCUAGGAACUCAGAAUAACCUGGUGUAAACUACUAUAAAUAUUUGUUGUUGUUAACUGCUGCCAAGUUGGCUUUGAAUUUCUCCGUCCUCCAAGUGAUCUUUCCAUCACCAGCCCUGCUCAGGUCUUGCAGAUUCAGCACCAUGGCUUUUUUGAUUGAGUCGAUCCACUUGUACGGUGGCUUUCCUCUUUUCCUGUUGCCUUCUGCCUUACCAAGAAUUGUCUUUUCCAGCGAGUCAUAUCUUCUCAUUACUCGACCAAAGUACAACAUUUUCAGUUUAGUCAUAUUGGACUUUAGGGAGAGUUCAGACUUGAUUUGCUCUGGACUUAUUUGAUUUUUUCCACAGUCCAUAAUCUCCAUAGAAAUCUCAUUCAGCACCAUAUUUCAUAUGAAAUGUUUUUUUUUCUUCCUAUCUACUUUUCUAGACCUAUCAGCUGUAAAUAUAUUAUGCUGUAAAGCGUAGAUUAAAAAAAAACAGAUUAAGAAAAUAUUACUAUAUUUUGGAGGUAUAGUUAAAGAUCAGAGGUGUGACUUGGGGGAAUCAAGAUGUAUGUAUGUUUGUGUGUAUGAUAGAGAAUAUAAAAACAUAUAUAUGCUCAACCACUUAUUUUAGGAUAGCUCCCCUGAUGUCAAGAAAUGUAUGUAGCCAAGGACCAAUUUGGUGGAGUCGUCUCUAUAUAAAACCACUUUGAAAUGUACGUGGAUUGUUGAUGCGCACAGUUGUUUCAGUGUAGCUUAUGUAGAAGUCAUUUGGAGUUGUUUGAUGCCUCAGUAGGAAUGGAUGUGUGCAGGUGAGUGUGUAUAUUUGUAUCAUGAUAGUGUUUCUCAAAAGUCAGGCAUGUUGAGCGUAACGGAUUAUCAAACGAUUCACAAUCUUUUACUAGUCCUUUACUAGUUGUAUCUAUGCAGAUGUGCCUUAAAAACGUACUUGCUGAAUUUUUUUGUGUCAGGAGUGAUUUCAGUAACCCACAGUGGCACAAUGGGUUAAAUCCUAGUGCCAGCAGAACUGCUGACCGAAAGGUCAACUGUUCAAAUCUGAAGAGCAGGCUGAGCUCCCAUCUGUCAGCUCCAGCUUCUCAUUCAGAGACAUGAGAGAAACCUCCCACAGGAUGGUAAGACAUCCGGGCGUCCCCUGGGUAACAUCCUUGCAGACGGCCAAUUCUCUCACACCAGAAGCGACUUACUGAAUAGAUAGCUGGCAGUGUGGUUGAUGGCAAGGAGCAAGUUGAGACAGGAUUGCUGCAAACUCUCAGUUUGUGCAACCUUUCUGGAAUUGUGUUUGGUGAGCUGUAGUAUCAUAUAAUGUAGUCUUCUUUUUUGCCACACCCUUUAGCCAUUGUGGAUUGCACAAAGAAGGAUGGUUUUAUUUCUUCCUUUGAUUCCUUCCAUCCAUCCGUCCGUUUAUUUAUAUCCCACUCUUUUGCCCCAAGUUGGGACUCAAGGAGGCUUACAAAAGUCAGAAAAUUACAGCAAAACCAGAUAAAAGUUUAAAAACCUGACACAAUUUUGCAGAAGCCUGCUUCGGAUCACAGACUUGGUGGUUUGGGGGCACAUAUGGACAAUUGUACAAGUUUUAUAAAGCUGAUAUGCACUCUUUUGUGUAAAAAAAAGUAUCUUUUUACAUCAUAUUACGUACUGAACAAUUGUAUUUAAAAACUUCCUUUUUAAAAGAAGUUUGUCGCUGUAUGAUUUGGUCAACACAGCUUUUGAUGAUCAUUAGUAUUAAAAUACUGUUUAUAUUUGAGUCUUUGUGCAGUGUACAGAAAUGGAUACAAUGGCCUAAAUCCAAUUGUUAGUCCCAAAAGUAAACACAUUGAAUUAAUAGAACGUAUGCUAGAUUUUAAAGACUAAGAAUUCUUUGAUCCGUGGGCAUCUUCUGGUUCAGACUCACAACUGGAUUUUGGCCGGUGCAUUUUCCAUUCAUAGUUUUAUGCACUUUUGUGGAAAUUGCAGUAAUGUUGCUACAAGCACUUUGCUUUCUGGUAACGUUGAAUCCUUUUUACUGUACUCUGGUGUUUUCUAAAAGACAAAUGUGAUUUUACAUCUCUGUUGAUAAAUAUUUGUAAAAUAUUUCUAUGCAUAAAUAUAAACUAUUUUUCAAA